AUGACAAAUGAGACCAGUGUGACUGAAUUUAUUCUCAAAGGCUUCUCAGACAUACCUGAACUGAGGCUCGUGAGUUCCUCAUUUUUCCUUUUCAUCUACCUCUUUUCCCUCCUAGGGAACAUCUCCAUUAUUGCAGCUGUGACCAGAGACAGCCAUCUACAAAGCCCCAUGUACUUCUUCCUGAAGAAUCUGUCCUUCUUGGACAUGUGCUACACCUCAGUCACCAUCCCUAAGGCACUGGUCAAUUCACUCAUGGGUUCCAAUGUCAUUUCCUUUUGGGAAUGUGUAGCCCAGCUCUUUUUGUUUGUAAUGCUGUGUGCUUCUGAAUGCUUCUUGCUCACGUCCAUGGCGUAUGACCGCUGUUUAGCCAUCCACAAGCCUCUCCUCUAUGGUGUCAUUAUGAGCAGAAAGCUGUGUACGGAGCUUGUCACUGUGGCCUGGCUGAGUGGCGCUCUCUAUGCCAGCUUCCACACCAUCAACACCUUCUCCCUCCUGUUCUGUGGGCCCAACAUCAUAGACCACUUUUUCUGUGACAGCUCCCCCAUCAUGAGACUCUCCUGCAGUGACUUCCACACCAAUGAGGAAGUUGGAUUUGUAGUGGGUGGAUGUAUCAUUCUCAGUGCCUUUGCCCUCACUGUCAUCUCCUAUGUUGUCAUCAUCUCCACCAUUGUUCAGAUCCACUCUGCCGGGGGCCGUUGGAAGGCCUUCUCCACCUGCUCCUCUCAUCUUGCCACUGUUACUCUGUUUUAUGCUACUGGGAGCGUUGCUUACCUGAGACCUACAUCUCAAUACUCUCCCACUCAAGGACGACUACUAUCUGUGUUUUACUCCGUCCUAACACCCAGUCUGAACCCUCUUGUCUACUGUCUGAGAAACAAAGACAUGCAGGUGGCCCUGAAGAAGCUACUGGCCCCAUCCAACUAG